AUGUCGGUGGUGGGACGAUUUCGCUUAUUUGUGCCCGGUGCGACGGCCAAGCCAGCUCCCAAAAUGGGACAGGCUCUUGGACCACUGGGUAUCAACAUGAUGACCUUCUGCAAGGACUUCAAUGCGCGCACGACGAAGGUUCGACCAGAGGUGCCCCUGCAAUGCACCUUGGUACCCCGAACGGACCGAACCUACAAGUUCUUCCUCCGGACCCCCGAGUCAGGUUGGUUCCUCCUGCGCUGUGCAAGGAUGGCCAAAGGGUCUGACUUUGGUCAAGGGGCGCCACCAGUGGGCAAUAUAACGUUGAAGGAGCUCUUCCACAUUGCGAAGGCCAAGAGCAUGGACCCUCAGCUUAUUGGCGUUCCAGUGCGAACGAUCUGUCUUGCACUGAUGCGAUCAGCAAAGCAAAUGGGCAUCAAGAUUUCUCGAGAGCUGGAGCCAGAGUUCUCCAAGCGCAAUGAUGAACCCAUAGAAGGCUUGGAGGAGAAGCGGAAGCAGCUACGGUUGUUGAACAAAGCUCAAAAGAAAGGAAAGGGGAAGAAGUGA